AUGACUGCUGCGCGUCUCUCACCAGCAGCAAACUUGCUCCGCAACUCCAGACUCUUCGCCAUCCCUGCUGCUGUGUCCCUGCCCGCGAUAGAACCUUCAUCAGAACCCAUCUCAUACUCUGAUUCUGCCACUACUCCAUACCCGACUCGAGCUGCUCUUGAGACUCCAUUGACAUCACUAAAUCAAGGAGAUUGGGGUUUAAAAAGGCCCCUGCCGGUCAAAACUACUACAAAAUCUGGCACCCCUCUUGUCCGGUUUCAAAGAGGAAUAGACACCCCGGAGCACGUUGUCGACUUCGAAUCCGCCGCAGAUCAUGUCCUCACUUUGCGCAAGUACCAGGAACUGAACCUCAGAGUUGUCUUGCCUGCGCCAAGAGAUCGGAAGUCAACAUUGAAUAUACAACGAACGAGUGCCUUCGACUCCGAAGUGGAUCACACGGCCGCCCACCCUUCCCCAGUUCUCAACGAAAAUGUGUCCACGUCAUGGUUAGACGAGAGUCCAUCGGAACGAGCAAAGCGGAUGCCGCAGCAUCUUAAAGAUGCACUUGAGAAGAUUACCCAAGAAAGAGCAGAAGCAACAAGACCUGGGUUUGAAGCGCAUCCAAUUCAGCCACAACCUAACCCCCCUGCAACUUCACCAUUCACACAAACUGCCCGCAGAUGGCGCUACUCUGGACCAUAUCUGGCGGGACUCAACGGGAUGGAAUUUGAUGCUUUCCUCAAAGGCAUUACCAGGGAGAAGAAAGCUGCGUUUAGGGAGCUGGUCAAGAAUCAUUUGGCCGAGCAGCGAGCUUCCGACCAGCGGUCGAAAGCUCUGGAAGAAGGCCAGGCAGAUACAGCUCCUCAGGCUUCCUUAGAGAUCACAGAGCAGGAAGUUACAGAUCAUCUCCGAUAUUUGCGAUCAGAACCCGGUAAAUUCGGUCCCCUGAUUGCCAAUUUCUUCGAUCUCGCUGAUGGUCCGAAACCCUCGGCGGACACGACCGACCCGUGGUCAUAUGGGCGUGAUACCGUGUCGGCGGACCUUUACAAAGAGUCUGGACCGCCACGUACACAUCCAUCUGCAGGCCUGUCCUAUAUCAAGACAGAGAUGUUUGCGGCGAACGACGCUGUCACCGGUCCCAGAGGCAAUCGCUCGCCUGUGGCAGCUCGCCUUCUUCGAUCCAUCCAAUCUACCCAUAACAAACACAUCCCAUUCGUCGGCGUGGCUGGAUUUGUCGUCCCACAACCUACCAAUCCCGGUAUUUCGGAGCAGAACUGGAAGUGGACACCGGUCAAAGAUGGCCCUAAACUUGUGGUCACUCCAACUGCGGCCAACAUUUCACAGGCCGGCAAAGUUGAGAUUCAGACGAGGAUGCAGCCUGACUGGGUUGUGGAGGAUGAUUUACCUGUCAAUGUCGCCGACAGACGAACACCGAGGGAUACUUCGACUCCCACGAGACCCCUGUCUUCUCAGCUGCCGGCCUUUGGCCGCAAUGAAUCCCAUAAGAGACGGCAGUGGCCAGCACCAGAACCCAGUCAGAGUAUCGAUGAGGAGAUAGGUUUAUUGUUGAAAGCGAACUCCAAGUAUAAGACGAGCAAGCUUGCUUGA